UUUUUUUGUUUCUUGGUCCAGUGGCGGGUAAGGCCCUGCUCUAAUCCGGGUUAUCAGACUCUAAUCAGCUUAGCCCACGACUACCACUGCAAAAUGGGCAUUGUUAGUCUGGUUUGGUCUCCACUCAUCUGAAGGGGACGGCUUCUUUCGUAGGACGAGAAACUUUAUGGUCCAUAUGGCGGGUCGGCAUGUGAUGGACACUACAGCGGCGUCACCUGCUGCUGGGGAAUACCCCAGGAAAAUACUCGAGUACAUGGAAGGCUUUCUUGUCUCCAAGACUUUAUUCACAGCCUGCGAGCUGGGCGUGUUCGACGUGUUGUCAUGUGCAGGACGCCCUCUGUCCGCCGACGAAAUCAGCCAAGCGGUCGGUGCCAGCCUGGACGGCACCCAAAGGCUGCUGGCGGCCUGUUGCGGCCUUCAGUUGCUUGAAACGCACCAGCAAAAUGACCAAGUGUGUUACAGUAACACAGAACAGGCCAGCCUCUACCUGACCCGCUCUGGUCCUGCAACCCUCUACCACUCCAUCCAGUAUAGUUCCAGAACCAUCUACCUCUGCUGGCACUAUCUGACUGAUGCCGUCAGGGAUGGAACAAAUCAAUAUGAAAAAGCCUUCGGUGUCAGCUCCAAAGACUUGUUUCAGGCUCUCUACAGGUCUGACGAGGAGAUGGUGAAGUUCAUGCAGCUAAUGAAUUCCAUAUGGAACAUCUGCGGUCGAGAUGUGCUGACAGCCUUUGACCUUUCACCUUUCAAGGUCAUUUGUGACCUCGGAGGCUGCAGCGGAGCAUUAGCCAAGCAGUGCACGUCGGCCUACCCGGAGUGCGCAGUGACGAUCUUUGACCUCCCCAAGGUGGUGCAGACAUCCAGGGAACAUUUUGUCAAGGAGGCUGACCACAAGAUAAGCUUCAUUGAAGGGGACUUCUUCAAAGACGAUUUACUCGAGGCGGAUCUUUACAUUCUUGCCAGGAUCCUCCACGACUGGACAGAUGAACGUUGCGUAGAACUGCUCAGCAGAGUCCAUAGAGCCUGCAAACCAGGAGGCGCUAUACUGCUAGUGGAAGCAUUGUUGCAUGAGGAUGGCUCCGGCCCGCUUACCGCGCAGCUCUACUCGCUAAACAUGCUGGUGCAGACGGAAGGUCGAGAAAGAACAGGGGCUGAGUACAGCGCCCUGCUGGCUGCCGCCGGGUUCGCCAAAAUCCAGUACCGUCUCACAGGCAAAAUCUAUGACGCAGUUCUGGGACUUAAAGAAGCAUGAUCUUUGGGGGGGGAAUCAUUUAUGGAAAUAAUAUUCAUGACAGUUGCCUCAGAAGUAAAUGAAUAUGCCUUUAUCACAUUCAUUAAAAAUUGAUUGUGAUUGUG